GACGUUAACGUCAUAAACGUAAAGUCAACGUGUAUUCAAUCUGUCUUCGGUACAAGUUAAAAUUUAGUUUUAAUUAAUGAAAGUGAGAAAAAUGUGCAAUUAGAAUUAUUUAUUAUAGUUAUAUAAACAAUACCUGCAGAAAUCGAUGCUUACAACUACGUCACAAUCAUGGUGUUGUUAACGAAUGAUGAGUUUUUGACGGAGCUAACAAAGUUAUUUCAGAAAGCCCGUGUAUCUGGAUCAGUAACAAUGACCAUGAAAAGAUAUGAUGGUAGGACAAAACCACAUCCACGAGAUGGUACACCAGCAGUACCUAAUCCAAAAUAUAAAUGCCUAAUAAGAGCACAGUCAAGCAGCAAAAAGAUAUCAACAGUUGUUGAUCAGGAAGAUGUAGAAAAGUUUAGCACUGCCUAUACAAACUUAUUAAAGAUUAGUGUUACUGGGCUCAAACGAUUAAAGAAGCCUAAGAAAAAAGCAAUUGCAGCUCAAUAAGUUGGGUAUUUAACAGACUGAAGUUAUAUGCGAUAGUGCGGAGAAUGUGAACUGAUGACAUGUGCCUCUGUGAUACAUAAGCUGAUGGGAUUGUCCAUUGAACUGUGCUUUUCUUUCGUGCAAAUGAAGAGUUGGAGUCCACUAAUGCUGGUGACAGUGGCACAGUUUAUCCUCUAUCAUCUGUCCAACACUGUUAAUUUUGUAAAAAUAAUAGGCUAUAACAUAACUUUUUCCAAUAAAAUAUUACAGUUCUAUCAGA